AUGGCAGACGCCACGACAGACACCACGACAGACACCACGGCAUACACCAACUUACCAUGGGCCUCCCAACCCAUCCGGAUUCACUGCGACAUGGGCGAGGCCUUUGGCAACUGGACCAUGGGCGACGACGAGGCCAUCAUGCCGCACAUCAAUUCGUGCUCCAUCGCCUGCGGCUUCCACGCCGGCGACCCCAUGGUCAUGUACAAGACGAUCCAGGCCGCCCGCCGCCACGGCCUCGCCAUCGGCGCCCACCCGUCCUUUCCCGACCUGCAGGGCUUCGGCCGGCGCGAGAUGAAGAUGGACGCCGUCGAGUGCGAAAAGAUGGUCAUUUACCAAAUCGGCGCCCUCAAGGCCUUUCUCGACAUUGAGGGCAUUCCCAUGUCCCACAUCAGCCCGCACGGCGCUCUCUACGGCGUCAUGUGUAAAGACGCCGCCAUCUGCGCCGCCGUCUGCCGCGCCGCCCGGCACUUCACCGCGGCCGACGGCACCACGCCCGUGCCCAUGAUCGGCGCCUCCCGCACGCUCAUGGAGACGACGUGCGCCGCCAUGGGCAUCCCCUUUGUCCAGGAAGUCAUUGCUGACCUCGAAUACGACGCCCACGGCGACUGCGUCAUCACGCGCACCCACGACGCCGUCGACCUCGCCGCCCUGCGCGUCCGCGUCCGCGACGCCCUGCGCACCGGUCGCAUCGCCGGCCAGGGCGGCCCCGUCGAUCUCAAGCUCGGCAGCGCGCCGCUGAGUCUCUGCGUCCACAGCGAUACGCCCGGCGCCGUCGGGGUGGCUGCCGCGGUGCGGCAGGUGGUGGACGAGUUUAAUCGGCAGCGGUUUGGUGUUGCUAGUACGGAGGUGUGA